AUGUCUCACAUUCCCAAAUUUCACCCAACCAAGAAGUCAGCGACAAUCUAUACUGAGGGUCCGACCAAGCCCCUCGUUUCGCCACCUAGGAAGUUGGUACACCAAACUGUAGGUUUCAAAUUGAGCUAUGUGGUCGUCUUCCCGCGCUAUCACGCCAAAAGCACCGACAUCGAAGAGAAAGCAAAGGACAUCGUCCGCAAUGCUUUGAAAAACGUUCGCUUCCAGAGCCCCAAGAUUUGCAAGGUUUGCCAGGAAUCUCACGAAUACAGUCUUCCAGUCUCGUUCGAAGAUCCAAACAAGAAUGAGCCGAAGUAUACUCAUUGGAUGGUCGACAUUGAUCAAAAUGCACACCUAGAAGAGAACGAAUAUGACCGAUUGGCUGAGCGUUGCAUCAUCGUCGGCAUCCAGGUCAUCAGCAGGCGCUUUUUGUUCCACCGCGAUACGCCUUGUCCCGGCAACUGGUCACCUAGUUCCAACACGAAAGUGUUGGUCUAUCAUAAUUAUCACGAAAAGCUAGCCGCUCAUUGCUGGUCAACAGAGCUGAAGGCUGUGAAUGAGGCACUCCUGACACUUAGUAAGCAACCAAACUACCGUGUCAUUACUAACGAAUACACAGACCUCAAAGUUUACACCGGAAACGGUAGCAAAGGUGUCCACCUCGACGUCGCUAAGAGUCUCAUGGGCGUCUUCACAGCGUUUGAGAGGCAAUUCGAUACUAUCAACAUUACGUCAAGAAUUGGCGGCGGCGUCCGAGGUUGGAAACCUUCCAUGUCUGGCAGCUCGAAACCGUAUACCUACAUCUCUGGCGACAAGACUACCGUUCAAGAAGAAGCUGGUGAGUCCUGUAAACCGAUGUCCAGUGUCAAUCAAUCCCACAUGGCGGCCAACGGUCGCGAUCCUGCUGAAUACGACAUUCCUACAUUCUUGAAAAUUUUCCUGAGAAGCAAAUGCGACAGAAUUGAGCUUCAGAGCUUCCUCGACAGCGGACUGAUCUCUCACUUGAAUACAGUUCUGGAUAUCUCGCGCGUUUGGGACGAUAAACUGAUCGAACACAACCCUGAAUACGUCAAGUACUGCAUGAAGAGGCCAACCAUUACCUUCCGCUCCCAGUCAAACACUCAUGACUAUGCCAGACAAUUCGCUUGGAUUGACUUUUGCGGUUCUCUCACAGAUUCUUGCUAUGAAGAGGAUUUGAGCAAAGUCAGAAGUUGGCUUCACCAUCGCUGGAGUGAGCCUCACACAAAAUACACCAUCAAUCACAUCAUCCACCAUGUCGUAAUUAUGGUCGAGGAGAACAUCGAAUACUGGCGAAAAACUUCAGCCAGAGUCACCCAUCCUGAAUCGAUCAUCAUGGGACCUUACAAAGAAGAAUUGGUUCGCCGGCGGGAUGCCGAAAUACCACACAGCGACCCAGUAAAGACAUCGAAAGUACCUAAAGAGAUAUGUCGUAAGUUCAACCAACAGAACGAUCCUGAAAAUGUCCGAAACAAGAUCAAGCACAAGUUUGAUCUUGGUCUAUAUGGUAAGUUCCCUGAGGAGACCGUCAUCGAGUUCGCCAUGGAUCAUGAUGAGAAGUGGGCGCUUGCCAAGGGCAACUGCAAUCACUUGAUUCUUGGAAGACAUACGCCCAAGGAUGUAGUUCGUGAUAAGAUUAGUUGA